AUUGACGCGAGAAGUGAAACCAAUGCUUUACUUUAUCGUAUUUAACUUUUAGCUUGAAUAGAUAGUUAUCUAAGUACUGUCAGCUACAUAUUAAGUUGCCUAGUAAACCUUUAUGCGAUUGUAAUAGCGUUCAAUUUCCAAUGAAUUUUGAUAGGUGUAAGUGCUGUUGGCUAUACAAUAAAAUUUCACUAUCACAUGUGAUUGAUAUAGUAUUAUCAAUACGUGAUAUUAUUUUAUCUUGAGUUCCGUAAAGAAAAGCCAAAGGCAUUGUCAUCUUGACUUGUUUGCCAAGCCUUAAUAUUAAAAAACAAAAUUAAAAAAAUAAUAUGUUAACUGCCAGUAUCUUAAAGUGUGUUACAUAAUAAAUAAACGAAAUAUGAUAGAAAUUAAAUAAACAAAAGAAAAAGGUUUCUAAUUUGAAAUUAGAAUUAUAAUUUAAAAGUGCAGUGUAAAAAGUAAUCUGUGUUAAUGAGUGCGUGACAUGAAUGUUGAACAAAUUUUUGACAUUUCCGAAAACAGAGUUGCCAUUAUCAUGUUAAUAAAUAUAAUAAAUAAUAUAGGUUGUGUUGUAUUUUUGUAAAAUACGGUUUUCUUAAGUGAAAAUGAAAAACCCUUUUGCUGUCAUGAACAUAGUUGACAUAAAAUGGGUGCUGAGCGUGUGUAGCGGCGCGAUGAGCCAGGGGGGGCUGAAGCACGCUGCCACCGAGUCGCGGCUGGACAGCAAGCGGGAAAGGCGGCGCGGUGCGGCGGGCCGCGCGUCGGUGCUCCGCCGGGCGCCGUCUGACUCGGACUGCUCCGGGGAGACCGCGUCGCUGUCCGCCGACAGCGGCGACCGCGCCGUGCGCCCCGCGCCGCCGCCCGCGCGGACCGGCAAGUCCCGCAGUCGCCGUCGCGGCAGCGAGUGGGAGGUGCUCGAAGGUCUGAAGGACGGGCAGCGGUUUGAGAAGCGGCCUGAUGUCUUCAACGGGUACUUGCAUAAGAAGCGCAAAUGGCCGCUCAAGGGAUGGCACAAGCGAUACUUCGUUGUCGACGGCGGCAUACUGGUCUACGCGCGGUCGCCGACAGAUGUCGCCCGCGGCCGUCUGCACGGCUCCGUCGACGUCGGCUUGUCGGUCAUUUCGGCGAAAGCGAGACGGCGACGCAUCGACAUCGACGCCGAUGAAUUCAUAUACCAUCUCAGAGCGAAGACGCCCGAUGUCUUCCGCACGUGGUUGAAUGUUCUGAAGGCGCAUCGCUUGUACCGUCAACAUCUUCUCACAUUCGGGGCAAGAGAAUCGAUCCCCAAAAUUCAUGCCCCAUUAGAAGACCUUCCACCAACUGACACUUCAUCACGUUCUUCUUGUAUGAGCGUGACAACUACAGAAUCCACAUCGUCUGAAGACUUGAUGAGGUUAAAAUCUCACUCCAUCAUACGUUCAGAAAUGCCAAUAUGUACUGUUAUGAAUACUUCUUUUGACAAAUUCUCUAUAAUAAAUUUCCACAAACCAAAGGAAGAUACAGAUUGUUUAACGUCAACAAAUUAUGUCACAAGCGAUGACAAAUUGGAAGAAAUAAAUCAAAUUGACGAAGCUAUGUGUUUCAUUGAUGAUACAAUUCGUAAAAUUAUACCAGACUCUGUAGAAACAAAUUAUAGUACUGCUGACAAUUUGACAUAUAUGAACUCAACUGAUAACGUGAAUAAAGAUAAUUCUAAAGUCUCAAAAGUUUAUGAUGAAUAUAAAUCUGUAGAAGAUGAAACAACAAGCGAUAUGAAUCACGAUAAUGAUAAAAAAUAUGAUCAAAAAUUUGAGUCGAUUUACGUUGCGUCAGAAACACCCCGAAGUCGAACAAACAUGGAUAUAUUGCGUGAAAUCAAAGAAAACACAUUCGAAACUGAUGCGUCCAUAUUCCGUAAAAAUAAAAUAGAACCGACCCCCGCGUACUUUUUCUUUGCGCGAAGGAGAUGCUUCAGAGAAUUCGACCACAUGAAGAGAAGCAAAAAAUGUACGAAUUUGGUCAAAUAUAAAAAUUUGAUCGAAGAACCCAAGCUUCAAAGGCCUCUGAGCAAAUGCAUGUUGCUAGGAAAAUUAUCAACAGUCAAAAUUUCCAAACAAGUAAAAGCUGACGACUUGUCCAAAUGUGAUAAAGCAUCAGGACAUGAAAUAAGUAAUUCAAUUCUCAAAAAACAUGAAUCUGUUAGCGUACUGUUGGGAAAUAAAGAAUUUAAACAUGCAUCUAUUCAAGACACAGUUAGUGUUGCCGAAUAUAGCGAUGUUGUAGAAAAAAUAUUACUAUCCCUAUUCGAAAAUCAUAAUCCACAGUCCACAGGAAGCCACGAAUAUGUAAAAACAUACGUCAAUAAAAUCGUCGAAGAGUUGUAUGAUGUUAAACUGCACCAUUCUGAUAUUAACCCAAUUAAAACUUUGUUCAGAUGUUUACUGGAAUUUUGGUUAAAACAUAACACCAAAGGGGCCUUCAAAAAUGUUACCAAAGGUAAUAAAUCCAUUGGUCCAAGCGGUCCUAACUCACAUAGUCAUAUUGGAGUGGAUAAAGAAAUAUCCAGUAUUCGUAUAAGUCUGACAUCAAGAGGUACACAAUACCAACUUGCGUAUGGAAUCAGACCGCCUCAACAUAGAAAAGGUAGCGAAACUAGCAAAUUAGUCGGUAAACCUCCUAAAGUAAAAAGAGAAAAAUUAAAACCACCUUGUCACAGUCCGAGGAGAGACACAGAAAGUUUUGAGAAAGAACGCAGAAUACAAGAAUUAGAAAGGCUUUUAAAGAAUACAGUUUACCUAUGUGAAAACGUACGAAGUCUUGAAAGCAAAGAGAAAGAUGUAAGAAUUACCAAAACCCUAUUGGAUAACAUCGGGAUGUUGUCAGCAAAAUCCAACCUUUACACUAGUGAUGACAUGAAUGAGUCUAGUUCAUCUGCUGAAAUACCUAGAAUACAAGAAACCAUCAAUCAUCUCAUCAGUGACACAGAAAUGCCGCCUGACGUUGCUAAAGAUUUCUUAAAUGCGUAUCUCGGAGUUCUAGAUGACACAAGUAAAAGUAUAACUGAAAACAGUACCUCUCAUUCUGGAGACACUGUAGGAAAACCAUCUGAACUGGAUUGUGAUGUUCAAACCGAGGCUGUUCAAAAGAAAAUGUCUAAAAGUAUUUUGACAGACUAUUCAAAUAAGGCUUAUAUGGCCAAAGAUAAAAGGGUUAUAGAUCCAGGUCAACAGUAUUUGAAAGAUAUACUCGAUAAAGUUACAACAAUAUUCUCUAAAAUUAAUUCGGAUCGCGGACCUACGGACAACGAUACGAAAGCAAAAGCACAAAGCAAACCUAAAGAUGAGUUGGGUAGAUCUGUCAAAGACUAUCUGGAAACAAAUUUGGUGCGUGAAGAUUACGACAGCAAUUCAGUUAUAAUAGAUUUAUCUAAAUAUAAUCUCGAGCACAUAUCCAUGUUCAAUGAUCCAGUCGCAAAAGGUGUUAUGUCCAUAACGAUUAAAUUGAAAGAAAAGCCCCAAAAUCAUGGAGAAGCACAAAGAACGCACUUGAAUUUGAAAUUUUCGGAUGAAACAUUCCAAACAACACAGCAAUCAGCAGAAUCCAAGACAUGGAUGAAUCUAUCUAGUUGUUCUUCUAGUAGAAUAUUUGAAACCAGAAAGAAAACUUGCAAACACGAUAUUUUAGAUUUUAAUUGCAAAAAUCAGUUGAAACCUUACUUGAGCACCUGUGAUAUAGGAUCCAAGUCUAUUUGCGGCACAGCCCCUGAGAGCGAGAAUUCCAUAGACUUGUCGUUCAAAAGCAGCAAGUUCUACCAACAUUAUAAACGGGAAGAGAAAAAGAAUGACGAUCCUCAGUCAUGUUACAUCAUGUCUUUCCAAAAGAAAAAGAUACCGUCAAGUCCGACACAAGUAAAGAAAAGGGUGAGGUUAAAAGAAUGCCACGGUCUUAUUCUUAAUUCACUAACAAAUGCGUCUAUCAAACAAAAAUCCAAGUACCCAGACGAAUACGGGAUUUUCGAAAGACCCGCACCGAAAAUCAUUGACGAAAAAUUCAUUCUUCUAUUGUUAGAGAAUUUGACGUUCCUGUCUAAAGAUAUACCAGGACUUCAUAAAGAAAUAAACAAUCUUUACCUAAAACUUAAGAAGAAACAUGAAAAGGUUGUUAAGAAUUGCAUAAAUAUUCAAGGUCUAAGCUUAUUGGGCAAAAUAUAUAACGACGAUAAUGGUGAUAUAACCCAAGCCUGCUCUUCAAAAGAUAUGAAAAGCACAAGAAACAUUGCUAUAAAUACUAAUUACGAGUUAAAUAAAACUACAGCUCAAACUAACACCAGUGUUUUGAAACUGGAUAAAGCAAAUACUGCAACAAACACUAGUGAUAUAUUAAAAAAUGCAGUUUCAACUAACACUAAUGUUCGUGAUAAUUCGAGUAAUAAAGAUUUGUGCUCCAAAAAGAAUACACGUAACGCCGAAAUGGUAACUGAAGCAUUCAUAAUUGAAAUCAAAUCUCUCAAUAAGUUUGGAUCACCAAAGAAAUCUUUUUUGUUGAACGAAAGCACUAGUUCCACACAAACUAUGCAUAACAAUGCAUCGAGCAGAGACGAGUUCGAUCUCACUGACCAUGCUACUUCUGGCCAGAAUUGGCACAGAAAGGCCCAGACAAAAGACUGUGGUGUUACAACAGUAAUCAAAUGUAUUUUGAACAACGCAAGUAAUAAACAGAAAAAUUUUGUUAACUUAAUGACGGAUCUAGAAAUUUCUGCGCCGAUGAAACGUAAAAAAGAACUGUUGCAAGGAGUCAAGCGUGAUUUUGUGUCCUGCUAUUUGUCCUCUCAUUUUAAAGUGGCAACACCGUCGAUGCCAAGGAAAGACUUGCGCUUUUAUGAAUUGAGUCCCAAUAAUGAAGUGGACUUCGAUUUUGGCAGUGAUUGUUCAGAGGUUACUAAAUGGAGAAGUGAAAUUAAAUUGUUGUAUAAAUGCCGAAGUGAACCGUCCUUUACCUCUGAAUCAGGAGGGCCGCUGGAGAAUGCGUCGCGCGAACUUGGCCAGGCGCAGCUGUCUGUGCAGCAGCUGCAGCGGCUGCUCGACGCGCUGGAGCUGCAGCAGCAGGUGCACCACGAUACUGACGUGUCGCUAGAGGGCGCCUCGCCGAACGUAAAGAAGGACCGGCGCAAGUUUGGCCUCCGCAAGAAAAAAUCCAACAGCAAGUGUGCUUCUGUCGAAUUGACGUCACAGCACAUUGACCCGUCCACUUCUCAUAUGGCUUUAUCGGCACUGACGGCGCCACCAUCGCCCGGCGGCGGCGCGUCCUCCAUACCGACCUCCGCGGCCUCCCUGCCGAUCGCGUUUCUUUCGACAUUUCUGGCCUCUACCUUAGUUCCAUGCGCCGCGGCGCGCCCGCAGUCCCUCCCCGGGGCGGAGGCCCUCGCCGCCGGCAAUAACGCCGGCCCGGCCUCCCUCACCAGCCUCACUCCGGACCAUCAGCUCAGAGAAGAUUUCACUGUGCUGGCUAAAGACUUGGUGGCCAGCUUGAAGACCAUAGUCUCCACCUUGGUAUGCGAAAGAGGGCGCCUCCGUGCCGCGAUGGACGCCGCGGACAGCGCAACAGCGCCACCAGGUGCUGUGGUGGCGGCUUUAAGAACUAAUCUCACUUCGGCCUUGCAACAGAACUCGGUUUUGUCCGCAGAGCUGCGCACGCGUCUCUCGCGCAUACACGAUGCGUCUGACCUGGCAGAGAUAUCUACUAUGGAGAGGAACGAUUCGGUGGUGCGUCAAUUCCAACAAUCCCUCAGCUACAGCUCAUCGUGCGUGUCGGCAUCGGAGUUCUUCGACGCUGAGGAGCACGAGGACGUGGCCAAGCCUGAAGCCAUCAUACAGGCAGACGAGGCCGGCGUGAUAGAAUUGGACGGGGAUUCUUCAUCAGAGGCAGGCUCGCUGAGCAGCGAGGAGGGAUCCGCAAGUUCCGAGAACUCUGACGGUGCGAUGCCUUCAGUAGAACAACCAACACUUCGUCUGAAUCAAAACGGCAUCUCAGAUAGCGGCGCCUGGUCCCGGCGGACCCGACUCCCGUGCCCCAGGCCGACGCCCGGCGGGCCGAGCCUGUGGAACCUAUUGUACAAGAAUAUAGGCAAGGAUUUGAGCCAAGUUUCCAUGCCUGUCACUAUUAACGAGCCAUUGAAUAUGCUUCAGCGCCUCUGCGAAGAGCUAGAAUACUCUGAGCUCCUAGACUCAGCAGCAGAGUGCUCCAACGCAAUAGAACGGAUGUCCCUGAUGGCGGCAUUUGCUGUCAGCGCGUACGCAUCUUCUGCUCACCGCGCCGCGUCCAAGCCCUUCAACCCUUUGUUAGCCGAGAGCUACGAGUGCGUUAGGGAUGAUAAGGGCUUCAGAUUCAUCGCUGAACAGGUUUCUCACCACCCGCCAAUCUCGGCGUGCCACGCGGAGUCUACCCGUUGGAGAUUCUGGCAGGAAGCGCGCAUCAAGACCAAGUUCUGGGGGAAAUCCAUGGAGUUCCAGCCCGCUGGGAGGGUCCAUGUCAAGCUGCUGACUACUGGAGACCAUUACAGCUGGAACAAGGUGACAACAUGUGUCCACAAUCUGUUCGGCGGCCAACGCUGGGUGGACCAGUACGGUGACAUGCACAUCACGUGCCACGGCACUGAUAUUACGUGCAAGCUUAACUUUAUCAAGGCAAGUUCGUGGUCGAGCACUAGGCACGAAGUGCGCGGCGCCGUGGUGGAAGGAAACACCGGCAGCCGCCUGCGGGUGCAGGGUCGCUGGUCUGAAGCGCUGUACGCCGGGGAGCCGCCCGCCGCCAGGUGUCUGUGGAGACCGGGUGCAAUGCCUCCAGAGCACGAGUUGUACUACGGCUUCACUCGGUUCGCGAUGGAGCUCAACGAGAUGGAGCCGGGGAUGAAGGAGGUGCUUCCUUACACCGACACCAGGCUUAGGCCCGACCAGCGAGCGCUAGAGGAGGGUGACGUGGACGCAGCCGAAGGGUUCAAGCACCAGCUGGAGCAGUCCCAGCGCGAGAGGAGACGGGACGCCGCCAACCACCAGCCCGCCUGGUUCCGCAAAACGUGUGAAGGAGGCGAGGAGAUGUGGAUAUUCACGGGCGAGUACUGGAAGGCGCGCGGCGCGGGCUUCCCGGGGCUGCGCGCGCCGCGCAUCUGGUGACCGCCGUUGCGCAUCCAUAUUCCGCAGUGCGAGGUACUCUGCUAGAGGAUGUGUCGCCGCUUCCCGCUUCUAGAGCUUUACACAAUAAUAGCCUUUAUUGUCAUUAAAUAUAAUACGGUAGUCUCGAAAUAAUCGCGUACACGGAACUGUGAUUACGCUUGUAUGAACUUAAAUUUAAAAAUGGAAUUUUAUUAUUUUUUAUUUGUAAAUGAUAUGGGGUUUAGGAUUUGCGUUUUGUUCGUUUGUUUUUUUUUAAUACCGAAUACAAUUUGUAGUGAGGUUAUGACAAAAAAAUAUUAUAUUAUUAACAAAGUCCGCAGCACUUGACACAUGAAUUUGUUUUUGCUGUUUUCGAUUGUGUCAAAUAUUUUUCGUAUUGCAAUUUCAUUUUUCCAAUUAUUAUUAUUAUUAAUAUUACAAGUCGUUACAGCCGUGUAAUUCGGUCCUGGUUAUAUCUUUGUAUCCACACAAAGUCAAAAGGAUUGUAAUUCGGUCCUGGCCAUAUCUUUGUGUCCACACAAAGUCAAAAGGAUUGUAAUUCGGUCCUGGCCAUAUCUUUGUGUCCACACAAAGUCAAAAGGAUUGUAAUUCGGUCCUGGCCAUAUCUUUGUGUCCACACAAAGUCAAAAGGAUUGUAAUUCGGUCCUGGCCAUAUCUUUGUGUCCACACAAAGUCAAAAGGAUUGUAAUUCGGUCCUGGCCAUAUCUUGUGUCCACACAAAGUCAAAAAGAUUGUAAUUCGGUCCUGGUUAUAUCUUUGUAUCCACACAAAGUCAAAAGGAUUGUAAUUCGGUCCUGGUUAAAUCUUUGUGUCCACACAAAGUAAAAAGGAUUGUAAUUCGGUCCUGGCCAUAUCUUGUGUCCACACAAAGUCAAAAAGAUUGUAAUUCGGUCCUGGUUAUAUCUUUGUAUCCACACAAAGUCAAAAGGAUUGUAAUUCGGUCCUGGUUAAAUCUCUGUGUCCACACAAAAUCAAAAGUAUUGUAAUUCGGUCCUGGUUAAAUCUUUGUGUCCACACAAAGUCAAAAGGAUUGUAAUUCGGUCCUGGCCAUAUCUUUGUGUCCACACAAAGUCAAAAGGAUUGUAAUUCGGUCCUGGCCAUAUCUCUGUGUCCACACAAAGUCAAAAGGAUUGUAAUUCGGUCCUGGCCAUAUCUUUGUGUCCACACAAAGUCAAAAGGAUUGUAAUUCGGUCCUGGCCAUAUCUCUGUGUCCACACAAAGUCAAAAGGAUUGUAAUUCGGUCCUGGCCAUAUCUCUGUGUCCACACAAAGUCAAAAGGAUUGUAAUUCGGUCCUGGCCAUAUCUCUGUGUCCACACAAAGUCAAAAGGAUUGUAAUUCGGUCCUGGCCAUAUCUCUGUGUCCACACAAAGUCAAAAGGAUUGUAAUUCGGUCCGGGUAAUGCAAUUUAUUAUUUUCCCUCCUUUUUUCCAUUUUUACAAAAUAAGUUCCAGUUCUUAUUUGUCGAAUAAGAAGCUAAUGGUUGUUAAUCAAACAGAUUUGUGAUAAUCUUCGGCUUGUAAUUAAUUAAAUCACCAAAGAUAACAAUUCAUUUACAUAAAACACCACACAGAACAUUUGACCAUUUAAUUUUAUUCCAAAUAACUUUUAUUUAAAUGUUUUAAAAUUAUGAAAAUGAACUUAUUAAAAAUUAUUUCUUGCUUUAAUUUUUUUUUAAUUAAUCUGAUCAAGCUGUAUAUUAAACUGAAACUAAUUAAAAAAAUCAAAGUUUGUCAUGAAUAUAAGACAAUGCAUAUUACAUACAAGCAGCAAAUUACAUGUAUUUAAUAUAAUUAAAUAAAUAAAAAAAUGUACAAUUAAUGUACUUUUUUUCCAAAAUCUGGGAUAUAUUUUGGUGGUGUUUCUCGUGAUUUUGUACCAGAUACGGUAGCGGACAUUAUUUUUUUUGGUGCUAAAUUUUUUUUCUUGUAUUUUUUCCAUUAUUAAUUUUUAUUAAUAUUCAACAUUGAAUAUUUUGUCUCAACUUUAAUUUAUAAUUCCAUUAAAUUAAUAUUAAAACUACAUAUGAAUUACGUUUAUUAAUAUUAAUAUUACAUUUUAGCAAAUUUCUGUAAAAAUUGUUAAGUCUUACAAGUGAUAUUACCUAAACGUUAAAAACGGUUUUAAAACAAGGUGUAAGAUUCUUUCAGAUAUUAUAAAAACGUAACUUAUAAUGUCAAAAAAUCAGUUAUUAAAUUUACCAUUCCCAGUACAAAAUGUACGCAUGGACGCGAUUUCUUUGUAUACAGAGUUAUUUAUAAAACGCCAGCAACUAGAUUAGAUAGCUGACACGAUAAACGACAAUGUUCGUUCCACGAGUUUUCAUAUUUCGUUAAAUUUACUUUCAUACAAAAAUAAAUCUUUGUUUAAUUAUCCGUUCCAAUUCUAAACACUAAGUGUGGAUCACGGGCGAGGCGAACGGGUGAGGUGAGACGGCGCUAACGCGAACGGACAGGCGAAAACUUAGAAAUACAUUUUUAUAAUGUACUAGUUUCGCUUCCGUGGGAAUUUUGAAAUAAAAUAUAGCCUAUAGCAAUCAUGGAUUAUGUACCUUUCUAAUGGUUAAAGAAUUUUUGAAAUCGAUUCGGUAGUUUCGAAGAUUACCCGCCUCAAACAUACAAACUCAAAAACGCUUACCACUUUAUAAUAAUAGUAUAGAUUGAGUCAUAUAAAAACUCGUAGAACAAACAUUUUUGGUCACGAUUUCAGCUUUCUAGUUCUUCAUAGUUGCUCGCGUAUAAAAAUAAAUCUGUAGUUACCAAGUGCUUCGGAAGGUACGUAAAGUAGUUGGUCCCGGUUGUAUUUGCAGUCGUUAAAACCCGCCAAUCGACUAUGGGUGGUGGGUCAUGGCCCAUACUCCUUAUCCAUCCAUAAGGUAGACCAGUGUCCCAGCAGUGGGGUCAUUUAAAUAGCUGAUGAUGAAGUUUAUUAAGUGCAAGUUUCUGUCACACUUAUUCAUAGUAAAUCCAUAGAACUUUAUUUUAGACGUUUAUUACAGUAACCUGUUUAAUCGUCAACACUUCGGCAAAAUUAUGUUAAUUGAAAUGUAAGCUUUAGUGCGUCCGCUGAAGACAUAUUUUGCAUUGGCAACAAAUCAGCGUAUUGCUCGCUUACAGCUCGCAUUGUCAAUGUAAAGUAUGUCUACAGCAGACGCUUUAAAGCUCAUUUUUCAAUGAGUGUUAUUAUGUCGGGUGGGAGCGGUGCGCCAUAAUUCAACUAUACUGUGAAUUUAUUAUAUUAUUUGAUAUAUAUAUCCAAGAAGAUAUUUUAAAAGUCAAAUAUUGUGUCGAUGGUGUAGCUAUCGAAGGACUAGAUAAGGGUCCACAAACUUUAGGGGCCCCUGAUUAUUCCGUAUACUAAAACCUAGAUAUAUUUUGCCCUGGACCCUGUGGUCACCUAGCUACUUUGAUAAUACACUAAAGCAAAGACAUCUUAAUUAUCGUGUUUUCUCUUUCUAAAUAAAGAAAAAUCAUUUUGAGGACGACCUAGCUUUGAAUGCGUAGCGUUUUAGUAAAAGCCGCAAUGGGUUUUUACGAAAUGAUAUUAAAUACAUUUAAAAAUACGUAUUAUAGCAAAUAAAUACAUGUAUGUAUCGCCCCAAAAAACUAUUAAUAAUUAUUAAAAUAUCCAUUUCUGUUGGAAGGUUUUCGCGUAGGCGUUUUAAUGUAGAUUAAGAUAACAUUACGUUUUGAUUACUUUGUAAAGUUUGUAUAAAAUGUUGUGGCUGUGAAUCGUUUCCAUGUACGGAAUAUUAAUCGCAUAUUUAUGAUUGUAAAUCUACUUUUCUUGCCAGGCAAAUGUGAAUCUUAGCUUAUUUCAAAUACAGUUCACGUUGAAAUUGGGCAUCUAAUAAAUCAAUGACAUCUUUUUUUAAUAACCAAAUAUGUGUUUCGUUCGACUGUGAGCUUAGUAUUCGAUUUUACGUAGUCACAAUUACACAUUUACCUCUGUAGCCUAAUGGUCAUCACUAAUGACUGUUACACUGGAGGUCCCGGGUUCGAACCCGGGAUCAGUCCCCGAUUAGGAACUUACUAUAAUCUCUCAAUGCGAUCUAGUCUAAGAACUAAAAUGAUCUGCAUCCCAAAUUCAUACCAUCAAGUUAAUUUUUAAUACUAAUGCGAUUCAUUUCACGUUCUCAUUUGAACUGCGCUGAAUUUGAAUUGUAAAUGUCGAUGGGAGGUCAUCCAAGACCCAGAUCAAUCUGAAAAGAUCAUUUUCCAUCUCGAACUGUGUGCGUCGUGCGGUUUUCUAUUUACCUCUCAUCAUCGAGUCGAUUCGCAGUGAGACGCGGCUAGCCAAUCACAGUGCGACAUUGUGACGCAACGACAACAACACUGCAAUGUGAUUGGUUCGCUGCGUCUCACUUCGAAUCGACCCGAAUAUAGUGAGAAGCAAACCCGCUCUCUGAUAUUAAAUUCCGACACGAUUGUAAUGUUAGAGAAAAUUUUAUCCUUGGCUAAAAAGAUCUAAUAUUAAGUAGCUGAGAAAGUUCAUAAACAACCAUUGACAUUUGGCAUCAAUAAUAAUAAUUACAUAGUAAUGUAACGAAAACUUUUUACUAAUGAAACAUCAUUGAUGCAAAACCAACUUAAUAUUAGAUCUCUCGGACGCUCGACGUGACAUAAAUGAAGUUUGACUGGUUUCACUAUUUUCUGAUACAUAUUACAUUGCAAUGUAACAAAAAAACGUACUGCUAGCUAUGUGCGGACGUCCAAAUCAAAAGGGACCUUAUGGCGGCUGGCGGUCUUUAUUGCCGUUGUUCGAAUACAAAACAACGGCAAUAAUGUAAGGUCCCUUUUGAUUUGGACGGCCACAUAUCUGCCUUAUGUGGACGGCUAACUAACCCUAUUCAACACGUGUGAAACUGAAUGUUAUCGCCGUUUGAUAUCAUACAUAUAUCAGAUACUUGUUGUGGAAGGCCUUUAUAACUGCUAUAGCAGUCGUGCGUCCGUGAAAGCGUUAAGCUGUAAGUUUCGCAUACUUUGCAUGCAAAAAGUAUAGCGUAAAAGUUUAAAUUUGGACUGUCACAAAUUGUUCUUGUAGCUACUAUUGUCUUUUGUCGUUACAUGAGCUGAGGGCGAAGUUCGGGUUUGCAUUUCACUUCUUACUAUAGAAUCGAUUCGAAGUGAGACGCAGCCAACCAAUCACAUUGCGGUGUGGUUGUCGUUGCGCCACAAUGGCGCCCUGUGAUUGGUUAGCUGCGUCUCACUGCGGAUCGACUCGAUGGUGAGAUCGUAUCAGCAUUCCCUAUUUACACAUUUUGAAGUAUAUAACAUUGAUCCUUAUCGAUAGCCCGCUAUCGAAUAGUCUUUCAUUAAUCGAUAAUUGAUGCUAAAGCGAUUGGUAACUCAGAAUGUGGCAAAAAAUAGUAUCGCUUUCCGUGGGCUAUCGAUAGUCCAACAUACUACUAUCAAUAUUGAUCCUUUGAGCUAUAGGUAGUAACGAUAUUCUAGUUUAUUUUCAAGGUCAAAUAUCGAUAGAGAAAGGUCGAUUUUCUGGUGACACUAGUAUAGUUACGUCAUACUAUAAACCGUUAACUUAAUUACCUUAAAUAAAAUAAAUAAAUUUACAAUAAAAUACCUUCGUUUGAUAUGUAUUGCUAGCAACCUUAUUUAGCAAGAUAUAUAGUAACUAAGUAUAUAUAUAUAUAUUGAUUUUAAUGUGUAUUUUUAUUGGGAAAGUUAUACUUUUUUGCAUGAAGAUAUAGGUAAUACUAGAGCCAGUACAUGAACGAGGUGAAUGAUAAGAACCAAAAGGGACCUUAUAGCGGCUGGCACUUAGUUCUUUAUUGCCGUUGUUCGAAUACAAAACAACGGCAAUUCUUUUUUAUUUCUCAUUUAUUCAAUGCAAAGAUACAUUUUUGUUAUUUAAAAUUAAUAAUCCUAACAUAUUCUAUUCUAUUCAGAAUUAUCUAUAUCUUCAUGCUUUUUUGAAUCUAAUUUCUAGGUGCAUUCUCGUCAAUUACGCAUAGGGAAUGAAUUGGCAUAAUAUUGACACAUAAUUGUUAAAUAUUGCACAAUAAUAAAAUUAAUAUUGUUACCGAAUACUUGUGGUGUUUAAAAAAAUAAGUAUAUUUAAAAGGGUACAAGCGAUUUUGAAAUUAUGGAAAUCAUAUUUAUAAGCAACAAUAGUUACAUCAUUGCAAUUACAACUAAAAUUGACUUUUUAAAUUCAUUUGACGCCUAGCACCAAUAUUUACGAGAUGAAAUAAUAUUCAGGAAUUUAUUCGUAAUAUAUGGAUAAUUAAUAAUUCUUAAUGUUCAUUUUUUAAUAUUAAAUAAACAGUUCAUAGAAAAAAAAAUUAAAAAAAAAAUACAAUAGUUAAUUUAUUUUCUUGCCAAUGGUGCGGUGCUGUUCUGUGUUCAGUAAAUCUUUUCUUUUUUUUUUUAUUCCUAAAACACAUCGUAUAAGAACCAUUUGGGAUGAAGGCUUUGCCGCAAAUAUGCGCGCAGGUAUUCUAAACGACUCGUUUUACUAUAGCGUGAUGAUUUUUGUUAUAAUAACACAUAUGUCGCGGCCAUGUUGUAGAAUUUGCUUUAUUACAAAAUGGCGCCGUUUGGUAACGUUCUAUCAGCGGAUUCUAAAAUAUGGCAGACCUGAUUUUUUUUUUAAAGUUGAAUUAUGAAAAUUAAUUCUGCAAACACUAUUAUCUUGUCAUAUGUACUAGAAAACAAAACUGCAGUGUGUCUGUUUAAAUAAAAAUAGCUACUACCAAAUAAGGUACGAUAAUCCGUAUAUUUUAAAAUGCAAUAAAACUCGCUCGCUUCUAGAUCGUUAAAACUAUGCUUAACUUGAUAUAUCUAUAUGUAUAGUCUAUGUGGAUGUUCUUGAUAGCUCGUGGUAGUGUACAUGUCUAAAUAUUUGUAUAUAAUGGUUUAGUUUGGAAUCUUGAUCGUUCUUAUUGUAAAAAGCCAACAUUCGGUGAAUUUCACUUACAAUAAUUGGAGUGAUACGGAAAUACGAUACGAUGAGUAGGUCGACUGUUCAAGGUUGCUAUAAAAAUAUCAAAAAUAUGUUAAGAAUUGUUUUUAGCCAUUUUUCUUUACUCCAUUUUGUUAUUCAUACGGGUUAUAUGGUUGUUUGUUUUCUAUAAAAAAUAUAUGUUCAAGUCACGUCUCCUUACAAUUUUAAUGAUUGACAAUAAAUUGUUUUAUGUGUAAAAUUAACGUUAAAAUUGUUAUGACUUAUGAAUAUCAUUAGGAUUUCGUGUUAAUUGUAUUUGUACAAUGAAUUGUAUUUCUUUUUUGUUUUUUAAUUCAAAACGAGUUUCGUUUCAUGGUUGCAAGUAGGUAAAAUACUAACUUAAUUUUGAAGUUUACUUGCACAUUUGUUAUUAAAUGAUCUUAAUAAAAUAAACAUUUUAAAUACAGUUACGUUUUUUCUGUUUGUGUUUUGUUUUUCUUCUAUUAUGUAUAUGGUAUAGCAUAUGUCUGUAAUUUGAUUGUUUUUUUAUCUUUUCAACCAAUAGAAAAAAAAUAUUUCUUAGAAUUUAUCAAUACAAUUUCGUAUGUGUAGUAUACAUUUUAAAGUGUUUCCAUGUACUUAAAUAUACCUACGUAUGUGUAGGUAUGUUGUUAAAAUAAUUUGAUUAUUUGACAUGUACUGAAUACUACAGUAAAAUAUUACAACAAUGAAAUGGUAAUUAAAUUCUUUUUUUAAAUUGUGUUGUCCAUUUUUUCAAAAUAAGUGCCUUUGGUAUUAUUUUUUCCGAUGUGACGUUUUGUAACUUUGUUUAUGCCGUUUACUUCCUCUUAAAUUUCUAAUAGGUACAUAUUAAUAAAACCCAGUGGCUGUUGAAAUUUUUAAAUAGUUUUGAAACAUUAAAUGUAUUUUUCUCCAUCCAAUAACUUGAAAUUUAUGCAAUUUACAUUGAUUUGUAAAGCGAGGCACGUGUGUUCUCCCGCCAAUUAAAAAUGGGGGCGUAAAAAAAGUUGUACGUUUUGUUUUAGCUACCCAUUCAUUUAUAUUCUGGCCACUACACACGUGCCCACGCUUAAAUAAAACAAAAAUGUAUAAAGCUUUAUUUUAAGCUAAAGCGAUAACAAAGUUACCUUGCUAGUGUUAACAUUUUGUUAUGUGAUUUUGUUUUAUGAAUUAGCUAUUAACGAGAAAUUAUUAAAUGAGGAUAUAUUAC